UCAGUUUAUUUUUGUUAUGGCGGAGACCGUUUAUGGAAGGGAACAAAUGCUCGCCAAACCGCUGAUUUAGACAUGAUUAGAGUGCGGAAGAACGUGAAAAUGUUAUAGAAAAGUCUUUAAGUAGGUUUUAUGGUGAAAAGCACGGCGCGGGACAAGAAAGAGAUCGAAGGCAGCGCGAGGCUCGUCUCAGAAGCAGCCCAGUGGCAGGGCACAGCGAGGUGUUGAGUAGUGAGGUCGUCCCCGUUGAGCCGGUGUGUGCACGGCCCCGCGGUGGUCGGUCUACGGGGGAUGCCAAGUGAUCGUGGUGGGGGUAGUUGAUCGUUGUCGCGAGAGCCAUUUGGAAGAAGAAAAGGAAAGGAGAAGGAAAAUAUAAAAGUUUUGUUUUUGAGAGUAGUGGUGAAGGUAUAGUGCUCGUUCAAGAUGUCGCAGAUGGAUUUGUUCACGCCGUUACUACAGACGACGGACACCCGCAAGAAGCUGGCCAUAGGCACGGACAUCAUCAAUUACCUUGGCCUGCCUUCCAACAGCAUCGAGUGCGAUGACAUCGGCAUGUUCAUCGACGGCCUCGUGCCAUGGCUGCAGAGUAGCAACUUCAAGGUGACCUUGAAUGGGCUGGAGGUGAUGACCUUCCUGGUGGACCGCAUGAAGGAGGACUUUCGGCCGUAUCUCUCCUCAGUUGUCCCGUCAGUGGCGGACAGAUUAGGUGACAGUAAAGAUGCAGUCCGAGAAAAAGCACAGACGCUACUCUCCAGUAUGAUGGACAAUGUGGUCACCCCAAAUAAUAUGUUUGAAAGGCUUAUCCCAGCCUUCUCCCACAAAAAUGGCAAAGUCCGAGAAGAGGUCAUGACAUGCCUUCAGAAUACAUUAACCAAUCAUGGAGCUUCAGCAGUAACAGUCUCACGGCUCAUCCCACACGUAGUAAAACUACUGUCUGACCCAACAGCUCCAGUGAGAGAUUGCGCCUUCAACACCUUGGUUGAGUGCUACAAACAUUACGGUGAAAGAUUGAGAAUGGAUUUGACAAAGAAACACAAUAUUCCUUCUGGAAAAUUACCAGCUUUAAUGACACGCUUCGAUGAAGUUCGGGAUACAGGAUUAAUGAUGCCAUCUGCAACAACGACUGCUACACCAAAUGAAGGAAAGGGAGACGAUGAAGUGGACAGAGCGAGUCGAUCGCUCCCCCGCCGCCCACUUGCUCUCCGCAAGAAGGUCAAAUCCGGAGGCAGCAAAUCAAGAGCCAGCAGUGCCCCUCCUGUCAGAAGAUCCGUCCUUGGGGCUGCCCUACCCCCAAAGAGUGCCGGAGCAGGGGAGAGUGGUGGUGGUGGGGGCCCUCGAACAACAAUCAAGAGAGUGCCAUCUAUCAGUCGGGGGAGAGCAGGGUCAUCAUCCUCAUCUACAGCUCCUGCUGGAGCUGUGGAUGAAGCCUCGUUCUUUGCCUCUUUUGAGGAUGUUCCUAAAGUUAACAUUUACUCUGCCCGGGAACUGGAGGACAGCCUCACCAAGAUCAGGGAGGUGAUCUCCAGCCCCAGUAAUGACUGGGACAAGAGAGUAGAUGCACUGAAAAAAUUGCGAAGUCUCUUAAUUGCUGGUGCCAAUGGGUAUGAGGAGUUUUAUCCUCAUCUUCGGCUUUUGGAACCUGCCAUGCAAUUGUCUAUCAAAGAUCUCAGGUCACAGGUGGUCCGAGAAGCAUGUAUCACCGUUGCAUACAUGUCCCAGGAACUUCACCAUAAGGUUGACCAUUUGUGUGAGACUGUCCUGCCAAAUCUUAUUUACUUAAUACCCAACAGUGCCAAGGUGAUGGCAUCCUCUGGCGUUGUCACGAUUCGGUUUAUAAUUCAAAACACUCACCACCAUAAACUAAUUCCUAUCCUUUUGCGAGAGAUCAGUAGCAAGAAUAGAGAGAUCCGCAAAGUCUUGUGUGAGGUUUUAGAUCAAUUAGUGCAUACGUGGCCCACUCAUUCUAUGGAAAAGCACGUUCUCAUCCUUGCUGAGACAAUUAAGAAGGGAAUCACAGAUGCUGAUCCCGAAGCAAGAGCCUUCUCCAGAAAAGCAUAUUGGGGCUUUGCGGGCCACUUCAAGGACGAGGCAGACAAACUGCUGAACUCGCUGGACCCGAGCUACAAGAAGAUGCUUCAGGGAGAGAUGAGCAUGUCCAAUUCAUCUUCAUCACAGUCUCUGCACAACUCCCAGAAGUCAGCUGGAGCGCGUCCCGGGUGGUCACGUUCCUCUUCGACGGCUGGGAGCACAGAGAACCUGUCUGGAAUGUCAUCAAGACUCCCCCAAAGUGGCAUGCGACGCUCUGCCAUCCCUACCCCAGCCUCCCACCGCCCUCAGGACUCCUCAGACUCCCCCGCCCCCUCCCACACACCCACCAACUUCCGCUCCAACAGUGCCAUUGACCUGCAGGCCGCAAGGCGUGCACAGGCUCGUUCACAGUAUGCCCAGGCCCAGAGACUCAAGGUGGGCUCUGGAGCAUCACUACGAACUGAAGGAGAGGACAAAGCACGUCCAAGAAAAACGUCCGAUCAUCCGCCCAUCAGCUCCAUCACAUCCCCAGACCGCAUGGGAAGACCCAGAAGCCGAGGCGGAGUUUCUCAAUCACAACCUGGUAGUCGCAGUGGAUCCCCCUCAUCCAGACUUAGUUAUGCAACAUACUCUUCACCUGGAGACUCAGGCACCUUAGGCCGCUCUAGACGCAGGAGUGGAAUUCCACGUUCCACAGGUACUUCGCGAGAACCUUCACCUAGCCGUUACAGUGGGCUGAGCGGUAUAUCACCAUCAAAGUCUCGUUCAAGAUCUAUCUCAGGUGCCUCAGAAAUGCCUCCCCAGGUACCAGGGAAAUCUCGACAGGUCAUGGCCCAGAAGAUCCUACAACAGAGUCGCGAGGCAGAGAGUGCGUUAGCUGACGCACUGGUGAGUCUGCCACCAGGAGGAGGAGUCCUUCGUUCUCCAAACAGAAAGAUGUACAGUAAAGCCUUUGAGGACCAAUCUGACAACGAUAGCGAGACCUCCAGUAUUUGCUCUGAACGUUCCUUUGACUCCUGUAGGAGAAGUGAUCAAUUCUGGUACGGAUCACAACAACGUAUUCUCAAGGAAGUGUGGGAGCCAACAGUGAAGAUGCAGGACGUGAGUGACAUCAUCCUGAACUGCGCGUCAACACACUGGGGUGACCGAAAAGAAGGCUUGAUGGCCCUUCAGGCAUUCCUUCGUGGCUCUCACAUGCUCACUGGAUCUGAGCUGAAGAGAGUUACCGAGAUCUUUACCAAAAUGUUCAUGGAUGCUCACACGAAGGUGUUCACACUCUUCCUCGACACUUUGAUGGAGCUGAUCAUGGUACACAAAGCUGACCUGGGCGAUUGGCUUUAUAUUCUACUUACAAGGUUGCUUAACAAAUUGGGAUCAGAUCUGCUGGGAUCUGUGCAGACCAAGAUCCACAAAACCUUAGAUUUAGUCAGAGACUCAUUCCCAUGUGAUCAACAAUUCAUUGUUCUAAUGAGAUUUCUAGUGGACCAAGCUCAAACUCCAAACUCCAAGGUGAAGGUGGCAACACUGACGUACCUCAAGUGUCUAGUGGAUGUGAUGGACCGUGGUGACCUCACAGCAUCCCCCGAUACCCCAAUGGCACUGGCUAAGAUCCUUACCUGGACUGCUGACCAGAAGUCCUUGGACAUCCGGCGGGCAGCUUCAGCGUGCUUCAUUGCAAUGUUCAACUGCAACAUCACUGAGUUCACAGCACUUUUGCAGCAGCUGCCUUCUGCCUGCCAAAGCACAGCAUCGCAGAUCAUCCAGAGCCACCUGAAGAGAGCGGCCAGUUUGGAUGCCUCGCCCUCUUCCCUGCCCACCCGCACACCUCCCAGUGCUGGCGGGACUCCCGUGCUUCAGAGCCCCAAUACCUCACUCCCGCGCUCGCACCGGUCAUCGCGACACAAUACCAUUGAUUUUGAUGAUACGGAAAAUCUUAAUCCAGAAGAAGUCUAUAGGAGUUUGAAACGCACAACAGCAGAGAUCCAGAACUAUAGCUUCGACCUGGAUUUAAGUAGUCGCAGAGAUAGUUUAGAAAAACAUAGAGAUUCUACGUCACAGGUAUUCCUCCCACAGGACUCUGGGAUUAGUCAAUUAUCAGCUGGUGGAGGCGACCUUCGCACCAUAGACACCGUAGAUGACAAAGGUGUGGAGGACACCAAUGGCAUCCUCUCGGGGAGAUCCUCAAGUGUCUCUUCGCCCACACAUCGCAACCUCUCCAUGAUGUCCGACUCUUCAAGAAACGGACUUGACACCCUCACAGACGAUGAUCUCGGUAGAGGAGAUGGACAGGAGAGUGAUGCGGAGAUAAUGUCUGGCGUAGUGGCAGAGCUAGGUAACACAGAGGAGGGACGCACAGCAGAAAAGCGUGCUGCGUUGACAUCUCUAAUACGACUGGCGCGUACAGGCUCCACUCUAGUCUGGAAUGAGAAUUUCCGUGCUGUGCUGAGGUUGUUGUUAGAGAGUCUUGCGUGUGACGAUGGAGGUCAGCGUGCCCUGGUGCUAGCCGUUCUGACAGAGAUGAUGAGGAGAAGUCCCCUUGUGCAUCACUUCCUUAGUUUUUCGGAGCUUAUCAUCCUUAGGGUCCUCAAUGCACAUGCUGACAAAGAAAAGGAAGUCCUUCGAGCAGCAAGUGUUUGUGCAGGAACUGUAGCAGAAAUCCUUCCUCCUGAGGUCGUGAUUCGGGUGUUGAAGCCUCUUAUUCAGAUGGGAGAGUAUCCAGUGAAUCAAGCGGCCAUCAAAAUGCUCAAUAAACUGGUUGAAGCCCACCAACCAUCCAUUGUUGCUGCAGCAUUGCCUGAAAUCAUGCCUGGACUCAUUAAGGCAUAUGACAACAAGGAAUCCUGUGUACGCAAGGCUUCUGUGUUCUGCAUGGUAGCAUUGCAUAAUGCUGUGGGAGAGGAUGCAAUGCGACCACACUUAGAGAGUCUUACAGGAUCCAAGUUGAAGCUCCUCAACCUGUACAUCAAGCGUGCUGAGACCCAGAAUUCGGGGGCAUCGUCUCCAAAGUCUGAACCACCACCUUAAUGAUAAUACUAUAUGUGGAGGUGAAAAUGGCGGGUGUUUUGGGGAUAGGGUAGGGGUUAGGGGGUGUGGCAGAAAGAUUAAUUUUAUUGAACCUUUGAUUGGCUCAAAAAAAGCAAACAAGAAAAGAUUUUGUAAUUAGACGUUUUGAAAAUAACAGAAAGAAUAAUAAAAAAGCUCUGUAAAAUA